GAGUGGGAACCAUCGGAGGAUCGCAAGGCACGUCCGCGGAGCCACUGGGAUGAGACCUCUUCAUGUCUGUGGUUAGUGGCAGCUGGUAUUUCGGCGGACGAAGUGUUAGGUGAAGCACGUCGUCCGCACAAGCAAAGGUCCGGAAGUUGGAGUCUCCGAGAGAGCCAAGGCACCUUUGAUCUGGAAGAUCUCUGCGAGGGCCUCCUUCGGGCAGUGGAGGGUCUCACGCCCAGGCAAGCGGCUCUCCUGGCCUCCCAGGCAAAGUGCGGGCAGCGUACAAUAAGUCAGGAUUUAUGGAGAGGCUUUGUUCUGGAGGUGUCAGCGCGCAUAGAGGCUGCAGUUGAUUUGCUGCAGCAGGAGGCAGGCGCUGAAGCUUUGGGAAAGCUUGCUGAGCAGCUUGCAGCCCUGGGCACAGAUGCAAGCCUUCGCCAUGCCGAGUUGGCUGCACUGCUUGCACAUCAUACUGGCAGAGGACCUCACUGGGGCUCCAUGGACGAGAUUCUACGCUUGCUUGACCCAAGCACGGCUGGGGCUUUGCCAGCACGUCCGCUGGCCAAGCUAGUAGCACUCCGGGCAGAGAUGCUGAGGCAGGAAAGGCCCGCGCAGGUGGCAGUGCACGUGCGCGGGGAAGUGCUGGAGGAGCCAUUUCGCUUUCGUGAGCCUUCAUUGCCUGCAGCGAGGCAAUUACUGUCUGCCUUCUUCUGCUUGCUGACAGCCGGGGAGGUUGAGAUGGAAGAGGCUGCAGGCUGCUUGGAUCAAGUAGCCCGGCAGGUUUCUGGCAAACAGCCUACCUUGUGGUGCUCUCCUGCUUCGAGUGAAGAUGUGGUCCUUGCCGGCAUCCUGGAGACGGACAAGUAUGGCGUUUUGCAGGUGGUCAAUGCCUGGCAGUCAUUGCGACUUCCUACCUCUGCAUCAGCUGCAGUUGCAGCCCUGAGGAGCUUGGCAAAGCUUGAUGGUGCCGAGCUUCGCGUUUAUCAGACUUCAAUUCAACAAGCAAUGGCGCUGGGCGAAGGCUUGUCGCACAGGGACUUCACGCAGACAGUGGGUGGUCGGGAGGAGGAGCUCUUUGCAGCACUGCUCUCUGCCAGCAUCGGGCCUGAAGAACUACGCAGCCGCCUUCGUGCGUCUUGCGCAAUGCUUGGAGAUGGGGGGAAGUUUCUGCGGCUUGGGCAGUUCAUUGCAGCUGUACGAGCAGGAGGCGUCGUGAUGGCUAACGCAGACGUGCUCGAGGUUGCCCGAAAAUGGGCCAGUGCUUCUGGCCUGCUGGACAUGGAAGCAAUGUUUCGGUGUUACAGCUUAUGGCUUCAGCAAACAUGUCCUCACGCGGUGCAGCCUAUCGCGGCCUUGCACGACCAGCUAGAACUCAGUAGGCUGGAUCUACCGAGUUAUGUCUUGUUUGCUUGCCUCGACGUUGCCGCAAACGGCCACAUCAGCAAGGAUGCCGUGGCUCAGUUGGAGGUGUGGCCAUCCGCUCUCUCAAAAGCAGUGCCAGAUGCACUGGUUCUGUGUGAUCCCACGGCUCGGGGUGUCAUUACCUACGCAGACUUCCGGAGGUUCUGUGGCCAUUUGGAUAGGCAGCGCCCAAAUCUGACAGACGUCACAGACUUCAGGUCUGAAGUCCGGGCGGCCGUUUUCCAGGUUGGUGGGCAAGAUCCUGGGCAAGCCGCAGUCUCAACUGGGCAUUCGCGUGGACUGGAUGCUCCAGCAGACCUUGCAGGCCUUGUUCGGAUUCUGACCAGCUCCAUGAGUGUCUCGCGCCAUGUAGCAGAGAUCUUGGCCGGUGCCUUCUUGGCUGUCAAAGAGCAAAGAUCGUCUUACCGGGCAUUCCUCACAAUGCUGCGCCGAUCUCGUGGUCUUCUGAGACGGCAUGCAGACGACUUGUUUAGAGCCUGCUUUGCAGCCUCAGUUGAUCUGAAACAAGUGCUUCGUGGAUUCUCACCAGGCUCUGAUUCGCUUCCAGCCGGUGCAGCUGUGGGCUGGGAAAGCCUGCUGGCAGCCCUUUCAGCUGUUGGUGUGGACAUUUCGCAGCUUGACGAGGAAGUGAUUGCCGCCCUGGAUGACACCGGCAACCGUCUGCUGAUUCUCGCAGACUUGGAUGCUGGCUUUGAAGCUUUCAAAGCAAGACAUAGCCCAGUGCUUGAGAGCCUUGCUAAACUGGCCCAAGAUGAGACAGAUUCGAAUUUCGAUGUCCUCCAACGAUUAGUGCGGUUGCAAAAGACAACCCUGGCUUACAAGGCUCCGCUGCUCACUUCAAACGCGUGUGAGGCUGGUUUCUCGUGCAGGGACGCUGUGCAGGAAGGGACUGCAGCAUGCAUGUAUGGCUUGGACGCCGAGCUCAAAAAGGCUGGUGGCCGAGGUGCGUGGGAGGAUGCUCUGCUGGAUGGUUUGCACGACCUUCGCGCAACGCGAUGGGCAGAUGGGUUUCAGUGGUUGGCCGACACUCUGCUAAGCAGCUUCGGCGUUAACCCUACCUGGGAUGGUCGUGAACAUACUUCAAAGCGGCUCAUCGAUGCAGCGGACAGCCUGCUCGAGAAACUUGGAGACCCGUAUGCGCAAUACUACCCUCCAGAAGAGUGGACUGAGAUGACUGAGAUUGCCGAGGGCGGUGACGUUGCUGGUAUUGGCGUCGCCUUCGCGCAGGACACAACUCGCGGAAGGGGCGGGUCGCCCGAAGUUGUGGCUGUAGUCAGCGGGAGCUCCGCUGCAUCUGCAGGUGUGGCAGUCGGCGAUCGUUUGGUUGAAGUGGAUGGCCAGUCAGUGCGUGUGCCAGCAGACGCAGCCCGUUGGAUACCUGGAACGCCUGGCACCUGGGCCAGCGUAAAGUUUCAGCGCCAGGCUUCUCCGGUGAGAGGAGUGCCGGCCGAGGAGUACUCGUUGACCCUGCAAAGGCAGCCGAUGCGCGUCGAGCCUGUUGAGUUUCGAGCUCCAUCCCAUGAAGUGGGCUACAUUCGCAUCAUCAGCUUCAACGGGCCAGAUGUGCUGAAGCCCCUUCGUUCGGCCUUGGAGGAAGCCGUAAGGCAGCAAGUACGAUAUCUCCUCGUGGAUUUGCGCGACAACCGUGGUGGCCGCGUUAGUGAUGCACAGCGAGCUACUUUGGAGCUUCAGCAGCAACUUUCCGAGAAGAAGUUCGAGGCCUUGGUGGUGCUCGUAAAUGCCAAGAGCGCUUCUGCUUCAGAGCUGAUGGCAUCAGAGCUCCAGCGGGCCAAGGUGCCCGUGGUAUUCUGCGGGGAAGAAGCAGCUGGGCGCAAGACCUUCGGGAAAGCCGAAGAGCAGGAGGCCAUUGAACUCAGCGAUGGAGGAGCCCUCCUCCUGACGACAUCACGGUGGGCUCGGGAGGGCUUCCGUGGUGUGUCUGCUGUCGCUCAACCGAUUUCAGGAGGGUUCAGACUGUGGCAGUACAUGGGGGUACUGUCCUGUCGUGGAGCCGCGUGGUAUUCGGCAUUGCCAGGUAUACUCCCCGUAGAAUGCCUUGAAGAAUGGCAGCCAUCAUUCUGA